AGAUCUGACGGAGCUAUCGCAAUGUUUAUUAUUAGCAUAAUGCCUUCCCCUUUAUUUCUUUAUGAAUGAGUCACACUCUGUUUCUAAACCAGCAAAUGUUACAAGAAUGCAUUUGAGGUAAACCCCAUGAUGCGCAUCGUUGAUUUGGGAUUGUUGCUGACCUCAUUAGGCUUCCAGAUUAGUAUCCUGAUGAUGUGAAGUACAAUGUGACUAACAUGAGAACAAAUUGGCUGGGUUGACACUGUCAAUUGGAUAACAAAGAAGAUAUGACUAAUGGGACUAUCUGAACACAUAUACAACAGUAGCUACACUAACAGGGUUACACUGUUGCUUGACUUGUCUAGAUAGAUGACAGGAAACAUGGAUUUCCUUGAGGAGGAAACAAUCAGGAAAGUAAAGAAAAUAAAAUUUGGCCCUGAAAUUUUUUAUGGGGACAAUCCUGAUGUGCUACCCUAUGUCCAGUUAUCUCCCCUCGAUGAUGAAAUAGUAGCCAGUUAUACAGGGCCUGACUCAGGUUUAGCCUACGCUGAAGGGCACUUAGAGAAUAAUUACUAUGUUAACCUAAUGGCUGGGGUGAGAGACUGGAACCUGAGACAGCAGCAGGCCUAUGGUAUCUGUAUAUCUCUGUAUGAACAACACCCCAUCAACGGGAAGAUAUCAGGUGAGCCCAUAGCUGACAGCUUUGCCCUGUGUGCCAGGAGAAACAACACGAUCCUGAUGGUAGCUGAUGGGGUCAACUGGGGGGAGAAGUCUCGGCUGGCUGCCAGGUGUGCCCUAUAUGGCAGUAUGAAGUACCUCAACUAUAAAAUAUUUGAGAAAAAGAACAAGCCAGAAAACACACAGGAUGUAGUAAAACUUUUAAGGAAGGCUCUGGAUGAGGCGCACAGGGCCAUCAUGGCUAAGGAAGGAGGCUUGACCACGCUGUGUGUGUGUAUGGUCUGUCCAGUGGACAACUCAGACCAGCACGCUGUAUGCUGUGUCAAUGUUGGUGACAGCUUCGCCUUCAUAUACUCCAACAACCAAGGCAUCAGGGAGGUCACUGUCGGCUCCCAUGAUGUGGGCAGUGAGAGGGACAUUCGUGACGCUGGGGGUGCUAUAGGUCCAGUAGACGGUCAGAACCCUGAACUCCACAAUCUGACGUGUUCCGUGACAUUCUGCCAUCAAGGGGAUAUAGUCUUUCUGACAACUGAUGGGAUUUCAGACAACUUUGAUCCGGUUGUGACAAAAAUUGCUCUUCCACAGCGGCCAAAUGAUUCUAACUUUAAUAUAAAUGAAAAGUACAACUCGAAUGGUAGCUUGAAAAUCAAACCUGAGCUCAGCCCAAAAGAGCGUCAUGUGUAUGCUCUUAAAGAGAUGGAAAGAGUUGUCCAUGAGUAUGAGCUUGUGACAGAGGAAGCCUGCACUGCUCAGUCAUUCUGUGGUGCUCUCCUGCAACAUGUCCUGACUUUGACAGACGAGAAGAGGAAGAUUAUAGAGAACCCUGCCAUUUAUGCAAAACGUAAAAUGACAAAAAAAGACAGGCAGUCAAGAGAUUCCGAGAUUAUAGACAAGAUGUCUAAAGCCCCUGGUAAACUUGACCACGCUUCCAUCGUCUCUGUGGAAGUUGGGGCGUUUGCUAAAUCUGGAGAUGACAGUAAGUUGGCGGUGACCAGCGUCACCUCCCCGGCAGCAGUACGGGCAACUUCAACUCCCAGGCAAAUCCCUGACUCUCCCCCCACCCCCACGAACCUACCCCUCUGUGGCUCUGUUCCACUUUCUCCCUCCACCAACCACACCAAACGAUCUGGACCAAGAAAGUUUUUCGCUAAACUUCGUAGUUUACCAUCCUCACCUACAUCCCCCAACCCUCCUAUAUUAUCUUCCUCUGUACCCAACCCACCAAUCAGAUCCUUCUCCCCUCCACCAGUCUCAUCCACUGUUCACCAAAGGCCUCUUUCCCCAUCCAUUAUCAGCUCCACCCCCACUUCACCUACUAAAGCCCAUCAUGAUGAGCAUCGGAAAGGCCUUGAACUUCAGUUCUCACCUAGGAAGUUUCAUAAACGCCAGCGCGCCAGAACAGCAGAGUUGCACACACCAACCUCGCCAUCUAUUGCAGAGUGUUCUGAAAUUGACGGGUCUGUCUCUCCACAACCACCAAGGACACGACCUCGGCCAAGGGUAUUUAAGGCGUGUUGUUUGAUGCCAAAUUAUAGCCAUUAGUAAUUGGUCCUUCCUGUUGUCAGAUGUUAGGUGUUUGGGACUCAACAACAACUCUAUGUUGACUACUUUGUGCCAGCUUCAUUAACUUAUACGGCAAAAUAUGAAAUCCAGGUCUAACUCUUAAAGGAUCUGAUUUUUUCUUUUAACUGCCAAAGAUGUGCUGAACUUAAGGAGAAAGUUGGUACUUCAGUUGCAAACAUACUUUUGCCAAUGUCAUUAGUAACACCUAGAAAAUGGACAGUGUUAAGUUAGAAUUUGGUUUGUUGACUAAAAAUGUCAAGCAGAUUGUUGGAUUAGUUUCCAUUAUCACAUUUCAUUUUCAUCAUUUUUUAAAAAGCUACAUAAAGUUGUAUUUUAAAAUAUCUUUUUUAAAAAUCAGGUUACUUUAUGACUCUUAUUGGUAAGUUAUUUUCUAGAUGCUUUGACCUUUUUGCUAGUAGUCGAUUCAAUAUUUUAAAAUAGUUUUUUUUUAAAAAUGAAGCUAUAUGACUUGCUAUACAGUUCAUACUAAUUGUAGAUUUUACAUAUCACAUAGAGUUUAAACUCAGAGCUUGAUGUGUUGGUGUAAAAUUAGAUACACCUAAUAAAAGAAGAAGUCUUAGAACAUUUAUUAUUGGACAAAAGUCAUGCUUCAACAACAUAGCAAGUCUGGUCAUGUAUAGAAUAACAUAAGCAGAUAUUAACAAAUUGACAAAUUUAUUUUGUCCAGGGGACAACUAAAACAUACUUUUGUAAAAUAAUAGAACAAAUAAUAAUGGAUCAGAUAGUUUAAAAUUCCAUUUAUUUAUUUAAGUUAUAAAACUGAUCAUUUAUUGUUAUCUUCUUAAAUUAAUUGGUUUCUAACAUGGUUAAUCAAGAAAAAAUUAUUGUAUCCAUCAUAAUAAAACCAUCAUAUAAUUCCCAUGUUCAAACCUCAUUUUAUUUGAUUGUGAAAACCUUGAACCAAAGAAUCCAAAUAGUUCCUAGUAUUACAGAUGGCAUAGAAAUAAUUGACUUAAAUAAAAGCUUGAAUGAAAGGAGUUUAAAAUGAAUGAUAAAAACCAUUGAAUGUCAACACACAAUUAUAAUAUAGUUUAGUGAAGUAUUUGCGCACUGUUCACUACUUUGUAUGUUAUUUCCAUCAAUAAUUCACAUGUUGAAUUCAUUCCAAAGAUGAGUCUUGACACUUAGAGAUGUGUCUGUAUGCAAGAUCAACUGCCUGGGUUAGUUUUUAUUAUUCACCUUGCUGAUUUUUUUUAACAACCCAUUUUUAUACUGAUUUUUUUUCUUGUAGCCAUGACAACCUCAUUAUAAAAUAUAAACAUAAACCACUAAUUUGUUUACAAAGAGCAAUUUUGUUGUUCAUAAAUUUUUUUUUGCCCCCAUGACAGCUUGCGCUCAAUAAUUUUAUUUUUGUCACCAAGGGAUAAAGGUGUCUAUUACAGUUAGCUGCUAAGUUUAACUCAGGGACUGUUUAGAGGAAGUGGUUACAUAAAAAGUUAUUCAUUCCAAAUUGUUUGACUUUCUAGUGACAGUUUUUAAAGUUUACAUUUAACAUUUUUAUUAUUAUAACUAUAUAUAAGGUGAUUUUUAACUUUAUUUAUAUUUAUUUAAUAAAAUAUUUAAAGUUUUGGUUAAACUAAGCUACUGAGGUGUUGUAGGAUUUCAGGUUAAGGAGUUUUUUUAGACAGAUGUGGAUAUUGGUAGACUUUCAGACUGACAAUGUCUGAUCGAUAGAGACAGUAAAUUUGUAACUUACCCUGGGUAACUGCAGGACUCGAUAUUCGGCAUGUGUUUUGUCAUACUAAAAUAUGAACCCAGAAUUUGUUUGCUCAAACAAAAUAGCAGGUUAAUGCAAUUUGCAUGAUUGCCAUUCAGUAGAAAAUCUCACAAAAAUUGUGCAGAAAUUUCUGGAAACAGUUGUUUCCCCUUUUUAAACUUAUUUUUUUUAAAAUACAUUCAUGUACUGUGUUGCUUUAAGUAUAAAUAUUUUUUGUCAAGUUUUUCAUUAUGUGCCAGUAAGAAGUAGGUUUUUUUUAAAUACAUAUAUUUUGUAGCAGUUGUGACUAGAAUUUUCCAACCAAACAAUGCAGGGAAUUUCAUUCAUAUAUAUUUAAUGUAAACUAUAAAAAGAAAUAACUAAGCAUGAUAUUUUAAUAGUAAUUGCCCC